GAACAUUGACUCUCACUGGCUUCCAGUUUAUGAAUACAUUCCGCCUCAGCCCUCCCCAGAAAUAAUGCAUGAAUAUGGAUGGGCUGUUGUGCCUGAGUCUAUUCAGUGCAUUGGACUACCUCCAACGUUGGCAUAAAACCACCAACGGCAGAGGAGACCACACCGUCCAGUCCGAAGGAUAAUGAUGGGGAGCGAUGACUCAAAGGGGCUUCUGAUCACCGAGAAGGGUCUGCCUGGCAUGUCUGCAGUGAGUGACAUGUUGCGCUCGUCCUAAACGCUCAUGCGUCUGUACUGACUGGCCAAUAUGUUGAGCCGACUGAUGAGUGGCAGCGACCGGAGUCUUGACAGGGAAUUCAACUGUACGGUGCGACUGCUGGACGACUCGGAAUACACUUGUACGGUUCAGAGGGAUGCAAAAGGUCAAUGGCUGUUUGAGCAGGUCUGUCAGCAUCUAAACCUGCUUGAGAAAGACUACUUUGGCAUCAGAUUUGUGGACCCAGACAAGCAACGGCAUUGGCUGGAGUUCAGCAAGGCAAUUACCAAACAAAUGAGAUCCCAGCCACCCUACACUAUGUGUUUGCGUGUUAAAUUCUAUCCUCCGGACCCUGCAGCUCUUAAAGAAGAGAUCACUAGAUACCUGGUCUUCCUACAGAUUAAAAGAGAUUUGUAUCAUGGCCGACUCCUGUGCAAAAGUUCAGAUGCUGCUACGUUGGCCGCAUUUAUUCUGCAGGCUGAGAUUGGAGAUUAUGACCCGGGGAAGCAUCCGGAAGGUUACAGCUCUAAGUUUCAGUUUUUUCCCAAGCAUUCUGAGCGCCUGGAGCGCCGCAUUGCUGAGAUCCACAAAUCCGAGCUGAUAGGCCAGAGUCCUGAGACAGCUGAGCUGAACUUCUUAAAGAAAGCUCAGACUCUUGAAACAUAUGGAGUAGAUCCACACCCAUGCAAGGAUGUGUCUGGCAAUGCUGCAUUUCUCGCAUUUACCCCAUUUGGCUUUGUGGUACUACAGGGGAACAGGAGGAUUCAUUUCCUCAAAUGGAAUGAAGUAACCAAACUGAAGUUUGAAGGAAAGACAUUUCAUAUAUAUGCAACUCAUCAAGAGGUGAGUGAAAUCAAGGCAGCCCCAGAUAAUGCAGAAGAACAAAGAGUCAAAAGUAAAUAAUAACUCUUGACCUCUGCUAACCUCCUGUGACCUUUACUGGAUCAGAAGAUCAUCUUGACUUACUUUGCUCCAACACCUGAGGCCUGCAAGCAUCUAUGGAAGUGUGGGGUUGAAAACCAAGCUUUCUACCAGUUUGAGAAAUCAAGUCAAGUUCGCACUGUAUCCAGUAGUAACCUUUUCUUCAAAGGAAGCCGCUUUAGAUAUAAUGGUAAAGUGGCCAAGGAAGUGAUGGAACAGAGUGCCAAAAUCAGACGAGAGCCUCCAGAGAUCCACAGGGCUGGGAUGGUCCCUAGUAGGAGUUGUCCUUCCAUCACUCAUGGCCCACGACAGAGUAGCGUUCCCCGAACACGAAGAAGAGCAGUACACAUUUCCAUCAUGGAGGGUCUGGAGUCCUUGCGUGACAGUGGCCAUUCCACACCAGUCCGAUCGGUCUCCAGUGGGAACUCAUUCCUACGCUCCCACAGAAAUGGAGCCGAGGGAGGACACGGAACAGCUGAAUUUUCCCAGGACUCUUACAGUCCCUCUGACAGUGUUCUUCCCACACCGGUGUCCGACGACCCCUCAGACCCGGCUCAGGUUCGCCACACAAAUGGCCCCCGCAGCAUUCAAGAGGAAGGAGGAACAGAACUGUGUACUCAAAACCAGGCAAGGCCACAGGGCAUUAAACCCAAAGGAAAACGUUCUCAACUGGAGAAGACUAGGCCAACCCAACAUGGCCCAGAGGAAGGGGUGAAUCUGUUCAUCUGUAGUUUGGCACGUCUUUUCUUAGUGACCCUGGCUCUGCUCUUUGCCCUCCUUCUACUUCUUAUUGUGCUAACAGAGUCUGAGCUGGACUUGGCCUUUCUUAGGGACAUCCGAAGGACACCCGAAUUCCAGCAGUUCCACUAUGAAUACUUUUGCCCCCUUAGGCGCUGGCUGGCCUGCAAGUUGCGCUGGAUGGGUGGGCAUCUCACUAAUAAAUGAGCGUGUAAUCACCCCUCUAUGUCUCCUCAGAGAGUAGUCUACAGUCUACGAGUGAGACAUUCUGAGCAUUAAUAUAAUGGUACCACGAAAUCAAAAUGAAAUUACUAUUAUCUACAUAGCCAAAGCCUUGGGCUUCCUAAUACCAUGCCAAGACGAGAAAACUGUGUAUGUUUCAGCUCUAGUUAUUGUGAAAUUGUUCUCAGCAGCACUACUUUAUAGUCGGGUAAAAAAAAAAGGUAUGUAUAGCUCUUUAAAUGCUGCCGUCACUCAAUUGUAAUUUAUCUACCAUUUAAAUAUAAUAUCUACACUCAUAGAAUGUUCACCCAGACUGUGACGAGCAAGACCUUACACUGCAAUCAAAGACAAAGAUGCCUUUAUUGGUCAGAAAAUAGACAGGGGCCAGGACAGCCAAUAAAGAGAUAGUUCCCCCAAAAAUGAAAAUUCUAUCAUCUUUUACACUCCCACAUAAUACUUCAGUUAAUC